AUGAUCAAAUUAUCUAAGGUUGACAAACGCAUCUAUAAACAUUUAAAUUUGUCAAACAAAUUAUAAUGUCUACUUAUUGAAGAUAAGGAUGCUGAAAAAUCUGCUGCUGCUCUUAAUGUUUAAGUUGGUGCAUUUUAAGAUCCCAGAAAUGCUGAAGGUUUAGCACAUUUUUGUGAACAUAUGCUUUUUAUGGGCACAACUAAAUAUCCAGAAGAAUCUGAAUAUCAACAUUUCAUUUCUAAACAUUCUGGAAUGACAAAUGCUUAUACUUCUACAACCAAUACCAAUUAUUUCUUCACUGUCGCUAAUGAUUAAUUGGAUGGAGCAUUAGAUAGAUUUUGUUAAUUCUUUAAACAUCCUCUAUUUAAAGAAACAUGUAUUGAAAGAGAAAUGAAGGCUGUUCAUUCAGAAUUUAAUAUGAAUUUACAAAAUGAUUUUUGGAGAAAGUUUUAAGUAAGUAAAUUGUUGGCACCAUCAAAUUCUUCUUAUUCUUAAUUUAUGAUUGGAAAUUUAGAUACUCUUGGCUAAGUAAACAGAUAAUAACUUGUUGAUUUUCAUUCUCGUUAUUACUCUAGCAAUUUAAUGAAAUUAGUUAUUUAUGGAAAAUAACCAGUUGAAUAAUUAGAAAAUUGGGCAACAACUAUGUUUAGUGAUAUUCCUAAUAAAAAUUAUUGUAGACCAAAUGUUGAAAUAGAAGGAUCAUAAAUUAUCAAAAAUAAAUUAAUCAGAAUAGUUCCCAUUAAUGAUGAUGAUCAUUUAGAUUUAAUUUGGGUUAUCGAUUAUUUACAACCUCAUUUCAGAAAUUGUCCUGGAAAAUAUAUUGCUCAUCUUAUAGGUCAUGAAGGACAAGGAUCACUUUUAAGUUAUCUUAUUAAAGAAAAUCUUGCAUAUGAACUUUCAUGUGGAACAUAAGAUGAGGCAUUUAAAUUCUCUGAACUUUAUGUUAGUAUCAAAUUGACAAAAAAAGGAUUAGCACAAUAUUAACAUAUAAUUGAAUUAGUUUUCAAUUAUUUGAAUAUUUUAUAAGCUAAUGCAUAAAUAUUUAAAGAAGUUUAAUCUAUUAAAAAUCUAUAAUUUGAUUAUCUUGAAAAAUAAAAUCCUUUUGAUUUUGUUGGAGCAUUAGCAUCAAGAUUACAUUAAUACCCUAUUUAAGAUAUUUUAAAAGCUCCUUAUUUAAUGGAAAAUUUUGAUCCCAAUCUUAUCAAUAAUACAAUUAAUUAAUUGAAAAGAAAUAAUCUCAAUGUAUUUUUAUAAAGCUAGCAAUUUUAAGGAUAAUUAAGAAACUUUGAAAAAUAUUUUGGUACAGAAUAUGAUAUUUCAGAUUUAACAUUUUAAAAUAUAUAAGUUAAUAAUUAACUUUUUCAUUUACCAAAUUUAAACAGAUAUCUACCAAAUUAAACUGAUUUAUUAGCUAAUCCAAAUAAUUAAUUAUACCCAACAGUAAUUUAUGAAUCUGCACAAUCUAUAGUGUAUUUCAAAUAAGACAAUAUAUUUAAUGUUCCAAAAACAUUUAUAAAAAUGAGAUAAUAUUUAGAUUAAAUUGGAAAAUCAAUAUCAAAUGAAGUACUUGGAGCUAUAUGGUAAAGUUUACUCACAAUACACUUAAGAGAAUUAUUUUAUGAGGCAGAAGUUGCCUCACUUUCUCCAUCAGUUAGUCUAGUUACUAAUGGAAUUGAAUAUUCUUUAGCUGGAUUUAGUGAAUCAAUUAAUAAGUUUCUUCCUGAUAUGUUUAAUAAGGUUUUAGACUUUAAGGUUGAGAAUUAUAAAGAUAAUUAUGAUACAUAAUUAGUUAAACUUAUUUGUGAUUUAGAAAACUUUUCUCGUUCUCCUCCUUAUUCAUAAGCUAGACAUCUAUCAAUGUUAUUAUUAAGAGAUUGUGGAUCAUUUGAUCCAGAAGAUCUAUUAAAAACAAUUAAAUUAAUUAAAUUUGAAGAUCUUAUUUAUUUUUAGAAUCACUUAAUGGAUAAAUGUAGAUUUGAAUGGUUAAUUAUGGGGAAUAUUCAAUAAAAUAAUGCAAUAUCUAUUGUUUAAUAAUCUGAGGAAUUAUUUAAAUAAUCUCUUAUAUUAAGAAAAGAAGAAGUAUUGUAAGUCAGAUCAAUUAAUAUUCCUGAUAAUGUUAUCUACAAUUAUACAAGAUAUUUAAAUUCAGAAACCGAAACAAAUUCAAGUGUUAUUUUGUAUUUUCAAUUAGAAAGUGGAACAGUUAGAAACUAAUUGAUAGUAGAUUUACUUUCUAAUAUCAUUAAGACCCCAUUUUUCUCUCAAUUAAGAACUACAGAGUAAUUAGGAUAUGUUGUAUUUUCUGCAUCAAGUGAUGUUAGAGGUAUUACAGGCUUUUAAUUUUUAAUUUAGAGUAGUUUGAAGUGUCCAAAAUAUCUUUAAGCUAGAAUAAGGUAUAUAAAAUUGAUAUAAUUAAUUUAGGGAGUUUAUCAAGACUUUUGGUAUUAAUGAUUUGACAAGAGAGUAAUUUGAAGAGUAUAAAUAAUCUAUUAGAGUAUCACUUUUAGAAAAAGAUUUUUCAUUAGGAAGGGAAGUAGGAAGAUUUUGGGGAGAAAUUUAAAGACAUUAAAAUCUAUUUGAUAGAAGAGAAUAAGCAUUGAGUUUACUUGACACUAUUGAUAUUGAAGAGGUAAAGAACUACUAUAAAUAAUAUUUAAUUGAACAUCCUCAUUAGAUUGAAAUUCAUGUAGUUUCACCAUCUCAUAAAUUAGAAUAAGAUUAAUUACCUAAUACUGGAUUAAUGAGUACAAAUGCUGAAUGGAUUAAACGUCGUGUACCACUUUAUCCAGAUAUGUAUUCAUUAUUAUGAGUGUAU